AUGCUAACCGACCCCAAGUUACUACUCCAUCUUUCUUUCAAGUUUGGUGAGCGAAAGCGAAAAAAAAACAAGGACGUGGCAAACAAGAAACGAUGCAAGCCCAAAGAUCAAAAAUCGGAUGAAAAACCUAAUGACCGUGGGGGGAAAUCCAUGGGGACGAGCAAGGCUGUCAGAAGCAAGACAAAUGCACAUUCCAAGCCUUCAUCAACUGCUCAUCAGAAGAUCGAGUCUCAGCCACCAUCCGAAGUCCUCAGGACCCCCAUGAAGACUGGUCCCCCUGAUGCUGAUGCCACCAGAUUGUCCAGUCCAAGCCCACAGACCCAAGGACCCCUGAUUGAUGUGUUGGACCUCUUCAGAUUGCAUACCAAGCAAAUGGAGGAAAGGGGUUUAGCCAUCCCCCUCGAUCCAGCCUUGGAACAUCUCACCGCUGAAAAUCUUUUCAGUGAACCUGCGAUUGAAGAUGGGGAUCACUUGCCCAAGAUCAACCCAGAAUUGCUGUGCUGCUUCUGUGACGAGCUACUACCAGCAAGUCCUUCAGCCAGGUUUUUGAAGCUGAGCUCUUAUCUUCAAGGGGUCUCUGAGGUUAAGCGUCAGGUCUCGGCCACCAACCGACUGGCUUUGCACUUACCAUCCAUUCAUCUUGGCAGUUCCCCCGGAUUGCAGAUCACUGCCGUCUGCAUCAGGCAGAUUCCAGUACAAUCCCAAUGGGUCAAAAUCGUGGCUGGCCGACUCAAAUUGAGUUUUCAAUCCUCCCAAGGCUCAAAUGGAAAAUGCAGCAGAGUCAGAUCUCACCGACAGCGUCUGACAAAUGUAUGUGAUCGCCAAAUCCCAUCGGAUUUUCUCCGGGACGCAUUGGAGGCCUGGGAGACUCAUGGGGGACGGAAGGUCCAAAGUGUAUCACAUGAGUACUCAAGUUUUCAGAUAGAACAACCGGGGUACUACGGUGUUCAAGGAUACAAGAUCAUUUUGAAAGAACUCCGAUCAAUGUUUAUGAGAUCAGCCAUCCAAUUGGCACACCCACUUGAUAAUGAUUUCCUAUUGCGGAAAGUACUCAUACCAGAGGUGGCCAUGUGUUUAAUUGCUGAGGACUACAACUUACCAGUCCUGGACCCAAGGGUCAGAUUACAUUUAGAAGACAGCUGA